AAAAAAUAAAAGAUUGACAUUGACAGUUAUAAAUUUGUAGGUUAGAAAAUUUAUCGGAAUUUAUUUUACAUAGUAUUGUAUACUUCGAUUACAUUUUGUGACUGAAAAAAGCAAUUAUCAACUAAAAUGCGACUAUCACCAGUUCUGCGGCGGCAACACAUUGAUUUUAUGUUUAAAAAACAUUGGCUGGUUCAAGGUAAAAGAAUACCUAUCGAAACGGGCGCUGAAGAAAAAUUAAAAAAGAAAGGUAUAAAAGUUGAAGAUGCACUCGAAUUCAUAAAAGAAAAACCCGUAAAACACGAAAGAAUCCAGAUUGUAGGACCAUAUGAAAGACCAUUACCCCUUGACGAAAAUCAUCCAGAAUACAAAGAGAUACCCUGUUACACUCUUAAACACACAAAUGUACUCCUAGAAGGAUUAUCACAAGCCCAAGUUCUUACUAAAACCAUUGUAGCUGAUGGGACACUACCCCCAAAGAUCGAGGAACUAGCACAACUGCCGGCUCCUGCAGCCAUCCAUGAGAAUGUUAAAAAGGCAAUUCUAUCAGCAAAUGUUUUUGACUGUGAACAAAAAAAGUUGCCAAAAAUUAAAGAUCCCAACAGACCAGCUUAUAAUUUCCCCAGAAUUCUAGGAAUCACUGAUAGAAGGAGGAACCAAAUAUUAACAAAUAAGCUGCUACAACUUGUGGAAAAAAGUAGUGAUUCUGAUGUGACUCAGUCCAAAUAUGUAGUAAAUGAUGUUGAAAGUAACAUUACAUUUAACAAGGAAGGAGAUCUUAUACAGUUUCAAGAGCUGUCACAUAUCCUAGUUACAUCAAAUAAGCCAGUGAAACACUCUGUGGAGAAUGAUAUUCCAUUUGUAGAGAUACCAGACUUGUUCCCUGUCAAACAUACUGUUACUCUGCCCCCAGAACAUUUUUACAAAGAAGAUAGUUCUUACCCAUUCCAACCAUCAGUAAGUGUAUGUCACCCCCACACAACAUGGCUGCAUUACAAUGCAACUGAAGUUAGUAAUGUUUAUGAAACACCAGUAACACCUCACCAAAUACUUGGAAGAUCUUUGACACACGCCUUUACUAUCGCCAGUGCUUAUGCUAAGCAGUUAUAUGGGGAAGACACAAAAGAUUUGCCAGAGCCAGUAUACAUAAACUGUAUACAAACUGAUGCCCAGAAUUACCACUUUGGUGUGUUAGAACUGAACACCUUAGAUGUUGAUGGCACAGAAGGCACAAAGAAUGUGUGGUACUGUAAAAACAACUUGAAGUUGUAUGACUCAAGCAGAUACUUUAGUGGAAUGCCAGUAUUGGAAAAUUACAACAACAAGGUGUAUGGAUACAUAAAUGCCUUUUAUAACAGUUAGAAUUUUGAGUUGUUAUAAAUUCAUAAGUGUAAUUAAAUAAUUUAUAGCAAUGCCGACUUAUUACUUAGAAUAUAGAAAAUAAGAAUAAAUGAACACAAUAUA